AUGGAUGCAACUCCUGAAAGAAAAAAUUCCAAUAUUUCAUCAUCCUUAGUCGGUUUAGGAGAAGCAUUGACUUCAAAAGAAUGGCCACUUUUUUAUUCUCACAAUGGUAUUGUGAAUGCCAAGACCAGACUUACUCAACAACAAUCAUUUAAUAAUUUUUUUGACGAGCUUUAUGAAAAGUUUAACAAAAAACAUUUAGAAAUUUUAGAAAAAAAUAAUGAAGCUGAUUAA